UUUAUAAGCCAUACAUAAUAAAAAUAAAAAAGCACAAAAAAAUAAUCACCCACAAAGUCACAUACUUGGUAACCGUAAGCUGGCGCAAGGUGUAACAACAUCCGUGUUAUAAUGACUGCCGUUUUCCGGCCACGCGAUAAAGCAAGUUACAUUUAUUUAUUUAUUCAUUCAUUUAUUCGUCUUCUACCAAAAUAUAAGCUUUACGAUAUCGCCUUCAUUCUUUCCCUUUUGUCAUUUCGACGGAUAACAUGUAAUAAAUCACAGUUUACUGGCGGGAAAUUAUAACAACACAGUAGUAAUGUUUUGAUAGAAAGUUUGAUUUUCCUCCAAAUUAAUACGCAAAUAUUGUGCAAUGAGCGCGUAUAAAAAAUGUCACAUCUAUUUUUUACAAUCAAUAAUGAACAAAACAAUAUUAAGUGAAAGCGAAUGUCAGCAAAUUCGUCAGGAAAGUUACCAAGUUUCUGAAGUAACGCCAGAGGGAAAUCUUUUGGAUUUUCUACAAGUUAUUAAUGACCAACUUCAUCCGUUUCAUUUUAAAAUUCGCCAAAGCAAGCGUGAAGACACUGGAGAAACAGUUUACGUUUUAAUAAGUUUGGUGGACAAUGACCUUAACCGUUUAGUCGUCGGUGGCGAUUUCGCGCGCGCUGAACUGGAAUAUUUUAAGAAAAUCCUGGAAAUCAUAAUUGUCAUGUCAGAUACACAAAACGUGGGGACUGCGUCUUCAAUUGAUAUUUUAAAUUUGGCUGAUUCUUGUUCACCGAGAAUGAGCAAAACUGAAGCCAAGAGGUUGCUCACACGGUUUGUGGAUGAGCGGUGGUUUUACGACAACGAAGGAAUCAUCUCUUUAUCUCCACGUUGUAUUCUCGAACUAGAGCAGUAUCUAUCUCAGUGCUUCGACAGUUUUGUGUCAGUAUGCACAAUGUGUUCAAACACUGUUUUUCAAGCUCAAGUUUGCUCGAAUUGUUCUGCGCGUAUGCAUCACCACUGUGCAAGAACGUACAGCAAAAGAAAAACCACUUCUCUAAAAUGUCUUUCUUGCAAUCAUCCAUUUCCACACCUUCAGUCAGAAGAUAAUGGUGUCACAGGGGAAAGUACCUCUUUUCAUACUGAAAAUACUUCAGAAUCAUCACGAAAAAAGAAAAGAACCCAUGCUCACUGAUUUUCGUUUUAAAGUAGAACUUAUGCUGUGUCUUAACAAUACACACAAAAAUCGGGAGCAUGGCGAGCUUCAUUAGUAUAAAACAAUGUUCAUGGUUAGUAACACCUGCUAGUCAUGUUCAUGUGUAAUAUUGUUCUUCCGUAUUUUAGAGACGCCCAAUCUUUUCCCCGAAUUUGUUACAUCAAAAUGUCUCCAAAUAACUGAAAGGCUUAGUUGCAAUGUUUUAAUGUCAUUUUAAAACUAGCCUACAUUUAAACAAAAAAUACUAAAACAUACUUGCCUAAUUAGAAUGUUGUUUUUGGUGCUUUUUGCUGUUUAUGUACUUUUUUUCUAUGAUUAUAACAGUAAAGACACAUGUUGCUUACUUGAAUUAAAAUCUUUUGUUUUGUAUUCAAAGUAUAAAUUUCAAGAUGUUUUGAUAAAAAUUACUCAAAUUUAUAUUAAAACACACAAAAUCAAGUGUAUACAUAUGCAUACAGUUAAUUGUAUAUGUAAUCCAUCAGCAGUACACUACAAUUGUAGUUGACUGUGUACAGGCUGUUUUCUAUUUGUACAUUGUGCACAUUGUGGUCUGAGAAAUAUUUUUAAACAAUUUCAUUUCUAACAAUUUCUUCUUUUCAAUUUUCCAAAGUUUCUAAGUUUGCUUUGAAUUUAGUUUUCCAUUUAAUUUUUUUUUGAUACUUUGAAUUUAAAAAAAUAACACAAUGCAGUUUGGUGGCACACCACAACGCAGAAGGACGCGCAGACAGAUGUUAAAUGCAACAAUGGAUGAAGACUCUUAUCCUCAUGGACUCAUGAUGUAUAAUGAACCACCAAGUGUGAACAUCACUCUACAGGAGUUUGAGUCAUUUGCCUUUGAGCGAGUUAAAGUUCUACACUUCCUCGAUUCAUUGUCGGUAUCUGCAGUAAAGAACAGCACUGCUUAUAAUGAGAAGCUGACAGAGUUUUUACGAAAAAAUUAUCCAGGAUUUUUGCUUCAGACAGCAACUGGAAGAGAAGUCAGUGAUGCAGAACUUAAUUGGAGACGAAAAGAUCAUGUUUCUCAUUUUAUUCUUCGUCUUGCUUACUGCAGAUCUGAGGAAUUACGAAGAUGGUUUCUUGAUAAAGAACUUGAUCUUUUUAAGUUUCGUUUCCUACAAGAAAGUUCGAGUAGCAUUCAAGCUUUUUUGAAACUUAACAAUCUUACAUAUGAACCAAUAUCAAAAGAGGAACGAACACGAUACAGCGCAGCGUUGUGCACUUCCUCGUAUGACAUGAAUGAAGCAAAUGUUGAAAACAGUUUAUUUUAUCGAGUUCCUUUUAUUGAUGUGCUUAACCUUGUCAGUUCUAGAAAGGUGUUUCUACAUCAGGGAGAUGCGUUUGUUCCUCAAAAAGAAUUUCUUUCCAUUAUCAGCACAAGGUUCAGGGAACAUCUGUCCAAAGCACUUGCUAUGACGUCACGAGCGUUACCACAACUGGAUGAGGACGACCGACUUUUGCCGAUGCUUCGAUCAUUCAACCAGACAGCAGUAACAAGUGCUUACGAUCCGAAGAAAAAUGAGGGAAAAGUGACGGUCUCUGAUUUGGAAGAGCUAUCUAAAAUAUCCUACCCACUGUGUAUGAGACAAGUCCACUCAUCACUGAAGGAAACUCAUCAUCUCAGACAUUGGGCUCGAAUGCAAUAUGGUUUGUUCCUUAAAGCUAUCGGCGUCACUUUGGAAGAUUCUCUUAAAUUUUGGAGACAGGAAUUGGGAAAGGGGAUUGGGAUUGACAAGUUUGACAAGCAAUACGCCUACAACAUCAGACACAACUAUGGUAAAGAAGGAAAAAGAACCAACUAUACACCAUACAGUUGCAUGACAAUUAUUACCAAGAAUCCACCAUCUGCACAAGAUCAUCAUGGUUGUCCAUUCAAGCAUACAUCACCGGAUUUACUGCGACAAAAGUUAAAAAGUUACAAAACUUCCACUGAUGUGAUUGAAGAAAUAAUUACCCUCGUGAAAGCCCAACACUUCCAAAUUGCUUGUGGGAAAUAUUUUGAAGUAACACAUAAGAUGGAAGGAACAAGUUUCCAAGUAACUCAUCCCAAUCAUUACUUUGAUGAAAGCCAGAAAAUUUUAAAAGGGGAGAAACCAACUAAUAAAUCUUCGGCUAAUGAGGGACAGAAGCGAUCUGGUUUUAAUCCCACAUGGUCAGAACCAUUACCAGUUAAAGGGGGUGCAACACCGGGAAAAGCAAAAGUUGUAGAUGACGAUUUGGAUGAAUCUGAGAUGGAGAGAUUCAUGAUGGAAUAUGCUGAAAAUUAGUCUAUACACAUAUUGCGUUGCGCUUGUAUUCUGAUAUUAAAACAGUUGUAUAAACAUCG